AUGCAUUUCAAAAACUUCGCCGUUGCCGCUUUUUCGGCUUUCUUUCUUACAGGCACUGUCUCUGCCGCUGGAGGUGGUUGGUGCCACGAACGCGGCAACUGUUGUUACUCUUCUGGAGCAGCUUGUAGGCGUCAGGGUGGACUAGGUGUAGUACUCACUGGAUUCUGCAAUGAGGGUAGUUACGACCCCAGUCUUUGGACUUUGUGUGAAGACGUUAAUGUCACUCGUAAACAAUGCGACGCCGACUGCUGCGACAUUAAGACUGGAUGGGGACGCGGUUGCCCGUAGUUGUAGUCUAUCAUUGUUCAAUUCUACUACACUAUGCUAUUCAUCGCAUUGCUUUCUUAUAUAGACUGUAGUAGGCGGUGCUCAGUGUUCUGGCUCAGUCAUAUCUAAAUCCAAUGUACGAGCGCUGGGGACCAGCCGAUGGUGCCGAAUUCUCAUUACUUUGGCUGAGCACAGCUGACGUGGUUAUCCAGUGGGGACCUCACCACUAUUCCGCUGCCAUAUCU